GGCUGGCUAAGCAGCUAACAGAUGGCGGAGGCGCUAGCGGCUCGUCCAGCAGCAGAGUGGCCGCAUACCUGCACACAAGGUCGGCCUGAAUAAACUUGCUCGUCUGCUGGCAAGCCAAGAAAGACCACCGCGGAUUCAUCUCCAUUAAGAAAGAUCGUGUUGGACGACUUAUGUCUGCUUUGUGGCGGCUCUUCCACGCAAGGCCUCAGAAGCCUCGGGCUGGAUUUGAGCGAGUUUAGCUGAGAGGACGCGUGGGAAACAUUUGGAAAGUCACUUGAACGCACCAUCCAUUUUCUACCGCUUGUCUCAUCGCUAGUCACUUGAACGCACCAUCCAUUUUCUACCGCUUGUCUCAUGGCCUGGAUCAACUUGAUGGCAGGAAGUAUUUCGCUGGGAGCAGAAUGAAUGAAUGAAGACAACAAGAUUGCUUAUUUGAGGAGGGAGCAAGCGGACUACUUUCAGGACUGUCCCCGCUGCCUCCCUGCAAAUGGCCGAAGAAAGAACGCCUUCGCCGGGAGUGGGCGGACGAGCUCAUGCUAUGCUAGCAAUGCUAAGCUAACAUUGCCUGGGCAUCCAGCUAGCACCACGUGGUCUCCGAGGAGCACAGCGGCUGCCCGGGAUGGGAAACGCCGUCUCAUGUUGCGGGUCCCCGGAGUCCAGCCCCAAGCUCCCGUCGCGGCAGCCGGCGGAGCGGCUGGAGGAGUUUCUGACCAGCACGGAAGUGAGCGACGACAACAGCGCCCCCUACCUGCAGCACAUCAGCGACAGAGAAGUCCCUGACGAGCUGGCCUUGGAGUCCAACCCAUCAGACCACGCCCGAGCCAGCACCAUCUUCCUCAGCAAGUCCCAGACAGACGUGUGUGAUCGGAGGAAAAGCAACCACAUGAGCCAAGUGUCUCCUGGUCCUCUGAGCAAGAAGUACAGCUCAUGUUCCACCAUCUUCAUGGACGACAGCACCGUCAGUCAGCCCAACUUGAAGAGCACCAUCAAGUGUGUCACCUUGGCCAUCUACUACCACAUCAAGAACAGGGACUCACACAGGUCUUUGGACAUCUUUGAUGAGAAGAUGCAUCCUCUGUCAAGAGAACCAGUGCCAGAUGACUACUUGCGCAUCGACCCGGAGCACAAAGUGAUCUACCGCUUUGUCAGAACACUCUUCAGUGCUGCACAACUCACAGCUGAAUGUGCCAUCGUCACUCUUGUCUACCUGGAGCGCCUGCUGACCUACGCCGAGCUGGACAUCUGCCCCGCUAACUGGAAGCGCAUCGUGCUGGGAGCCAUCCUGCUGGCCUCCAAAGUGUGGGACGACCAGGCCGUGUGGAACGUGGACUAUUGCCAGAUCCUGAAGGACAUCAGCGUGGAGGACAUGAACGAGAUGGAGCGCCACUUCCUGGAGCUGCUCCAGUUCAACAUCAACGUGCCCGCCAGCGUCUACGCCAAGUACUACUUUGACCUGCGCCAGCUGGCCGACGACAACAACCUGAGUUUCCCCCUGGAGCCGCUCAACAACCAGCGGGCCCAGAAACUGGAGGCCAUCUCCAGACUGUGUGAAGACAAGUACAAGGACCUGAGCCGAGCGUCCCUGAGACGCUCUCUCAGCGCCGACAACCUGCUGUGCAUCCGACACUCCAACGCCGUGCUGUCUUAGGCCCGACACCUUUCCUAGCUGAGUCACAUGACCACGUGACGCCAGGCCCGACUGGCUGGCCACCUUUCCUAGCUGAGUCACAUGACCACGUGACGCCAGGCCCGACUGGCUGGCCACCUUUCCUAGCUGAGUCACAUGACCACGUGACGCCAGGCCCGACUGGCUGGCCACCUUUCCUAGCUGAGUCACAUGACCACGUGACGCCAGGCCCGUCUUGUCAAGUCCUGAAGCAACACACAACUAUUGUUUUUAUAUGCAACUCACCUGGUCACAUGACCCAGGCUUUCUUUCAUGGAAGUAAAGAAUAAUAGCACAUAGUCAUUGCAGGCACAACACUUGUUACUGUGUUCCACCAGACUAGGUCCUAGAACACCCCUGACUCUAGUCCACAUCAUGGAGUACACUCUGAAGUUGUUACUGUGUUCCACCAGACUAGGUCCAAGUACACUCCUGACUCUAGUCCACAUCAUGGAGUACACUCUGAAGUUGUUACUGUGUUCCACCAGACUAGGUCCUAGAACACUCCUGACUCUAGUCCACAUCAUGGAGUACACUCUGAAGUUGUUACUGUGUUCCACCAGACUAGGUCCUAGAACACCCCUGACUCUAGUCCACAUCAUGGAGUACACUCUGAAGUUGUUACUGUGUUCCACCAGACUAGGUCCAAGUACACUCCUGACUCUAGUCCACAUCAUGGAGUACACUCUGAAGUUGUUACUGUGUUCCACCAGACUAGGUCCUAGAACACUCCUGACUCUAGUCCACAUCAUGGAGUACACUCUGAAGUUGUUACUGUGUUCCACCAGACUAGGUCCAAGUACACUCCUGACUCUAGUCCACAUCAUGGAGUACACUCUGAAGUUGUUACUGUGUUCCACCAAACUAGGUCCAAGGACACUCCUGACUCUAGUCCACAUUAUGGAGUACACUCUGAAGUUGUUACUGUGUUCCACCAGACUAGGUCCAAGGACACUCCUGACUCUAGUCCACAUUAUGGAGUACACUCUGAAGUUGUUACUGUGUUCCACCAGACUAAGUCCAACAACACUCCUGACUCUAGUCCGCAUCAUGGAGUACACUCUGAAGUUGUUACUGUGUUCCACCAAACUAGGUCCAAGGACACUCCUGACUCUAGUCCACAUCAUGGAGUACACUCUGAAGUUGUUACUGUGUUCCACCAGACUAGGUCCAAGACACUACUGACUCUAGUCCGCAUCAUGGACCAAGACUGAUGUUUGUACUGAAAGAAGGAC